AUGUUGAUGCGUGUCACUGAUGGUGGCAGCCAGGCACUGGGGGCGUUUUCGAAAAGGCAGAAGCCACUCCUUUUGACCUGGACCACUGGUGAGAAGAGCUUUGUGAAGCAGGCUCUCAACUUUGCCUUGUCCAUCCGCCGCAAUGUAGCGCAUUUGGAGAAGCAGUUUGCUGUCGUGGCCUUGGAUGCUGGGGCACACAAAGAGAUGAGCCAGCACGGCUUCAAAGCUUUCCUGUAUUCGCGCAAGACCCCUAUCUCGUCAGACUUCAUUUGGAAGUUCCGCUGGCAGCUUCUCCUUCUUGCAGUGAAAUAUGAACUUCCAUUGGCCGUUGUGGACUCUGACGUUGUUGCCUUUCGAGAUCCUUUCCCGUUUCUGGGCCGUGAUGCUGACAUGGAGAUUGCCACAGAGCAUUUCUGGCCAGACAAGCAUUUGUGGCAAGGCUGGGUGCGUCCUGAAGAUGACCUUAGCACUGGUUUCAUUUUCGUGCAGCCAUCUCAGACACUGCACGCCUUCCUGGACUCCUUCCUUGAAGAAAAUGAUCUUGAGUCGCUGCCUGGCGGACUCUUGCGCGACCCAUUUGAUCAGAGAGUAUUCAACAAGUUCGUAAGGAGCGCUGCGCGGCGUUGUUCUCCCUGCGUGCGUGGCCUUUACAAGGAGAACGUACUCAAUGUUGCAUCAGGUGAAGCAGGACAAAACGCAGCAAAAACCCUACGCCUGCGCGUUCUGGAUCCCAGAGAGGUCGUGGCAAAUGGAGUGAAUUUCUUCUGGCGGAAGGAGGAUUUCACCCACUUGAAAGGGGCUUUAGAAGUUGCCCGGUCCAUGGGCCGACGACUCGUACUCCCCAACAACAUGAACUGCCGCAACUGUCCAGCAUUUGAGGCCGGGGGAUUCUUCACACCCAUGUCAAGGCGUUGCAGCAAUUGUCGCAGCUUUCAGGCCUAUGGACUGAACGAAAGCCUUGGGAACAAGUGUACCGUGGACUACUUCGCAUACAUGUUUCGAUUCUACCACAUCCAUUCAUCAGCUGUGGUUCCUGCGGGCACGCUCGAAGACCCCAAGUUUGAAGAAUUGUGGGGGAAGCCAGUGAAGCUUGCAGCUGGUGCAAGCGUGGCUACGAUUGCAGGGCAAGAAAAGCCUGCCGUGUACUUCCCGGGUGAUGUGCUUGCAAUCCGAGAAGUCCUACUCAGCAAUGGCAUGCAGAGGACGGCUUUCAUCAUCGCUCUCAGCAAAGCUUCCAUCAAAUCAAACGUAGGACGUCGAUGCAACAUAAAUUGUCGAAGCGGCACCGUUGAUUUUGCAUUUGUACCAAUUGCUGUCAUAAAGUCAGAUGAAGCAAUGUCAGUGGCGGGUCGAAAUUUGGCAGGACGAAUUGCAGCUACCACGAGUGGCCUCACAGGUUCAUGGCCUGCCGCGAUGAAUCAUUCGUGCAGUACCGUGGCGCAGCCUGCCAACCUUCCCCUGGCCAGUCGGGAUGCGGGACAGACGGAUUCCUCUGCUGCUGGUCGCACCAUGGGCGAGCCGACCGCUUGGAGUGCCUUGGAGGAUGUGACACUUCCUGGUGCUGAAUGGGAGGGCGUGUCUGUGAAGUUGAGGUACUACACCGGAAUUCGCUGGGACUUGCCUUGCAGUUGUGGGCUUGUUUGUCCUGAUGCUCCAUCCUCUGUCCCUGGCAUCCGCUGCUGCGGCACCAGUAUAGCUCAUUGCACGUGGGCAGCUGAAGCGAACCCGCUGCCUCCUGCACCUACGAACCCAGAGAAGGACCUUGCAUUUGCGACCUCGUCAGUACUUGAGUCCUUUGCAGCAGGGAGAAUAUCUUCGGAGCAGGUCUGGAAUACUUGCUCUGCUCAUCGCAGCGUGUACUUCGUUGUCCGUGAGCCGCUGGAGGGCGUGCCCGAAGCAGACUGCAACGCCUUGGUCAGUGCUUACUUGAUUGGCAAGAGACAGUGGGAUGCCGGCCGCCGGUGGUGGCAUUUCUCGCUGAGUCUUCGACGUAGUGGUCAAGCAAAGAUGUCUGUCUCGCUGGAGAGUGGCGAGCCGGACCAGCUAACUUUGAACUUUCCGAAACUUCGGCAUGACGAAGAUCAGCUCCGCUAUCUAGCACAAAGCGUGCCGGAGUUGAAGCCGUACCUGGAGAAAGCAGCUUCAUUGCGGCGCGAGCUGGGGCGUUACCUGGCAGGCAGCCUAAAUGGUGCAGCCCUGGUGCAAGUGGCAGCUGGUGCCGGUGACAUGCUGAACCGCGCGCUGCAUGUUCCGGACGGCUUCCAGUUACUUCCGAUGCAGCGCGUGAUGGCAGCGCCAGCACGGCAGCUUCGCAACCAGUCUCCGGCAGAUUCGCAAGUGGUGCAACCAGUGGUACAGGUGGAUGCCGUGCCCGGCGAGGUGCUGGAUAAGCUCAUCGAGCUGCUUCGCUCCUCUACCAUCUGGUUCCUUGUGAUUGAAGGAGGGGUAGCUUUGGAGGCACAGUUACGUGAUGGCUUGCAUGCAGCGCCGCUCAUCGAAAUUGGCAUGCUUGUGUCGAAGGCAAUGGGAGGCCUGGCACUGACCGACAUCAGGGCUAGAACAUACUUGAACGGCAAGUCCACUGCGAGUUUGGGACUUGAGUGCUUUGUAGCUGAUGCUGCAGCUUUGCUCAUGCUCGGCCCCGGCAACUUGACACUACGAUCUGUGGUUGACCCCCGCUUGCCUGCUUGCGAUGUCCCGAAACACCGCAACAUGAGCUUUGAGCAUGUGCAGCCCUCCUACGAAUUCGAAGCAGGAGUGCCGACGGGCGCGCUGGCAUUUGUCAGUGCCAGGCAAUGGUAUGAAAUUCAAGUUCAGACUGGCACGGGCUUUGCUCACAACCCGCUGGUGCUUGUCUUCUACUUCGGAUCUGGUCCCAAGACGCAGAGGCAGAUUGAGCGCAGGAAAACUUUCCUUCACGAGCACGACCCCAGCAUCUUCAAGUAUGUGACUCGAGAGAAGCCGGAUAAGGCACUCCUUGACGAGCUGGCCAAGGCUCCUGCAGGGGUCCGCGGCGAGCUUCGUCGGAUCCAAGAUGAGCUCUACACGUCACAGAUCGAGUGCAAGCGAUUGGCAGCAUCAGAGAAGCAGGCUCGAGAGCAGCUCGAAAAGGCUGAGGAGCUGAGGAGCAAAGCAGCCCGACAGGGCACUGUGGCGGAGGAUGAGCUCCGAAUGCUACGUCAGGCUUUGCAGGAGAAGGAAGCGACCCUCAAGGAGUUGGAAGAGUCCACUGAGAGCAAGGGUGCGCAGUCUGCCGGUGAAUUGAGGAAACGUGCAGCGGAGCUGUCAGAGGCGCAGAAGAAGGUCGGCGACGUGAGUGCAGAGUGCGCCCGAGCAAAGGAGGAGCUAACCGCGGCACAAGCGCAAAUCAAAGGUUUGCAGGAGAAGCUUACGGAGGCCCAGACGCAAGGGAAGGGCUUCGACCCGGCCGUGGACCAGAACUUGAGAAAGGAAUUGGUGCUUGCCCUCCCCACAGGAGCUCUCGCUUUGAAGACGGGAAAGCUGCUCUGCGUGGUGUUUGGAUUUGGUGUCCUCCUCCUGGUGUGCCUUGUGAUGCUUGGAAUUGUGAGGACAGGCUGGAGGGCUCCAGUGACAGGGCAUAGCCUACAAGAGGCCGGCCUGGUCACGGCUACUGCGGCUACUGCGGAUGUGCAGCUCUGGAAGCCCAACCUUUGGCACAAUGAUCCGCAUGGCCAACCGGUGAGGGACAGCUGGGACCACUUCACUAUGCCAGUUUGCGACAGCGGGCCAGCUCCUGGUACCUUGAUCAAGGCGAGCGAACUGAAUGGAACGGCUGCAGAUGGGGCAGCCAAAGCGCGGAGGCUGCGUGCAUCCAACCGAACUGGAUGGGUCCUAGCGAAGCCGACGCCAGCACAGAAGGAGUGUGCCGAACACAAGCGCAUUGCAAACGACUACCACCAGCGGAUGAUCAAAGAGCACUGGGCUUUUGUAAAGCGCCGGGACGAAAUCAGAGAGCUGCAUAUUUGGCAAGGCCAGCAUGACUGCAAGGCACAGCUGGUCAACACAGACUUGGACAGCCAAAUCACUUGGCAGGAUCCCAAUGGCAGAGAGUCACCCGCACACUGUCAGAGGGCCUGCACUUGGAAUCCUGCUUGUCAUGGAUUUUCCUGGAACAAUUGGGGAUGCUUUCUGAAGCAAAAGGAUCUCGUGAAGAAGCCGAAGGCGGGCGUUUAUGCCGGAUUCCCCUGCCAGAGCGAGGAGCGGCCAUACCCAUGGCCAUUGCAGGAAGUGGAAAAGCACACCAUGCCAAAGCCCAAGGCGUUUCGGGCUGCGCCGGAUGCGUCGAUGUACUGCACGAUGGUGAUCCUUCCAUAUUCGUAUGAGGUCGAUCUGGUGAUAAUGCAGUACCAGUACUACUACAGCAUCUUUUCUUGUGAUCUUUGGGGUGUUUACAGCAGCCAGCAGCUGGAGCUGGCCCCUGGACUGGUGACGCGAAUCAUGAACACCUCGCAGGUUGCGGAGAAAGGUGGCCAGUGGGGCACUGCAUUGAAUACGGAGCCUUUCCUGGCAUUCUGGAAGGCUGUCAUCCAGGAUGGUGACUACUUGAAGGCGAACUGGUUUGUCAAAGUUGACCCAGACACCGUUUGGUUUCCGACACGGCUCGUCCCCGUUCUGAAGCAGCAAGAGGCUGCGAACCUCACCCAGGAGCCUGGCGUCUAUCUCAACAAUUGCCCGCAGGGCCUUCAUGGACCCAUCGAGGUACUGUCGCAGGCGGCACUCAGCACUUUUGCGAAGGUUGCCAUACAUUGCUUCUGGUCCAUGAACGAUUGGGGCAACUGGCAGUGGGGAGAGGACAUGUGGUUGGACCAGUGCUUCCUGAACGUCGGCCACGUAAGACGAGUCCUUGCAGCUUGCCUCAAGCUGGGGACUCCAGCAUGGAUGUGGACGAGACUUUUGUGUGUGUGUGUGUGUGCUCUUUCUGGUGAUGGGGAUGUAUUUUUUAAAGUUGCUUUUUGUUCGCUUUUGACUGUUGACUCCUUUUUUUUACCUUUCCUGCUGCUUUCUGCGCGCAUUGUCAGCCUCCUUGCUUUCUGCUUCCUUGCCUCUGCUUGCAGCUUUCAGCUUCUUACUUUCAAUUUUGUGGGACUGUUCUUGCAAUCAGUGCUAAAGUUGUACUUAACAUGUUUACAGUCAUCAUCACUGUGCCGGUGCUAG